AUGCUUCGUCAACGCACCGUUUAUGGCUUCUGGUCUCGGCCCCUCUAUGCUCGCCGCUCAUCGGCACCGGCUCUAAGAGUUGCGUUUGCCUUGCCUCUUACCACUGCUGCUCAUCUCCAGGCUGCCGCAAAGCCCGCAAAGCGAACGAGGACGACUGUCAAGCUUUCCGACUUGCCCCAGGGGAAAAUUGCCGCGAGUCCCCUCGCACUUGAGGAGCAAAAUGGGCCGGCCUAUCCAACCGUCAUACUCCAAGCGCGCCGUCAUAUGGACAAGUUUGAGAACUGUGUUCUCCUCACAAGAGUGGGAGGUUUCUAUGAGCUCUAUUUCGAGCAUGCCGAGGAGUACGCAACGCAUUUCGGCAUAAAGCUGGCGUUUAAGAAGACAACUGCUGGACCUGUGCCUAUGGCUGGAUUUCGUUAUAUGCAACUAGACAAAUAUCUGAAAAUCCUGGUUCAAGACUUGAAUCGCCACGUCGCUAUAGCCGAAGAAUUUCCCAACGAUGCCUCUGAGAAGAUCAAGUCGGGUGGCCUCAUGCAUAAUCGUCGAGUUACCCGAAUCAUCACUCCAGGAACUCUCAUCGACGAGAAUUUUAUUGACCCUUACGCCAAUAAUUACAUCAUGGCAAUUCACGUCCCUCAGAAUGAUCUUGAUGAAAAUUCUACACCUAUAGGUCUAGCAUGGCUCGAUCUUUCCACCGGCCAGUUCUUCACCCAGUCCGCAACCUUGUCGUCUCUUCCGGCCAUCUUGUCCCGAAUAGCCCCACGAGAAGUUGUCCUUGAGCAAUCAUUCGAAUCCAGAAAAGAUCACGAUGUUUUCUCAAUAUUGACAGAUGAUCGGCAUCUCGUUACGUUUUCACCUGAUGGGGGUCUAGUGAAGCUUGAUGACUGGGCACCAUAUCUGGAAUCAGAAAUGUCUCACACUUUACAAACAUCAUUUACAGAUGAUGAAAUCAUCGCGGGUGGCUUGGCGCUGAACUAUGUUAGGAAUCGGCUGCAGGAGACGAGUAUGAAGCUUCAGCCACCUCAGCGCUAUGGCAACAUGCAGACGAUGACAAUCGACAAGAACAGCUUGAGAGCACUUGAAAUCAAACAAACUAUCCGCGAUGGUUUCUUCCGUGGCAGUCUCCUUCAUGCGAUACGACGCACGGUUACAAAGAGCGGCGCUAGGUUGCUCAAUGAGUGGCUUGGCUCUCCGUCCACAUCUCUAGAGGUUAUCAAAGCUCGACAAGACCUUGUCGCUCGCUUCAAAGAAUUAGGCGAUCUUAGGGAUUCUUUGGUCGUUAUGUUACGGCUAAGCGAUGAUUGCCAAAGACUUGUUCAAAGGUUUGCCUUGGGAAGAGCGUCUCGAAUUGAGCUUGAAGAGCCGCUUAAACUUGCCCAUAGGAUUCAAGAGUCAAUAGACGAGGAGGGCAUUGCCCAGCAGCAGGCAGCAGAAGAUUCCGAGGCAGAAGAAGCCAUGACUCAAGCCCAAAAUAUUGCUUCUUCCGAAGGCUUCGCGGAGGAUAUUGCUGCUUUGACCAAAGGAAAGAGGAAAAAACGAAGCAGCAUAAAAGAGGAGCAAUACGGCGAAGAUAAUAGGCCGUGGAUUAUGAAGCCAACUGCGAGCAAAGAGCUUCAGAGUCUUCAUGACGAUCUCGCAUCGCUUUUAAAGGACAAGACUACUCUCGGAGAAGAAUUUUGCGAACGGUUUAAAGCACCAAGCUUGACCCUUAAAUGGGCACCGACCGUCGGCCAUAUUGCCCAUAUUAAGGGGAAAGACGCCAAAAACCUUGCCCAGAUAAAGAUGGUCUCUUCAAGCCGUAGCACGAGAUCAUUCCAGCUUGAUGAAUGGACAGCUCUUGGCCAGCGUUUGGAGCAAGUGACGUUGCGAAUUCGCCGCGAGGAGCAGCGUGUGUUUCAAGCUCUACGCGAACAAGUUGUUAAGAACUUUAUCAAGCUGCGACACAUUGCAGCCGUGCUGGACGAAAUCGACAUUGCAACGUCGUUUGCGAAAAUAGCCAAUGAGCAGAAUCUUGUCCGUCCCACCUUGACGGAUUCAAGAACUCACAUAAUCAUGGGUGGUCGGCAUCCUACGGUGGAAGGAGGUCUGUUGGAGCAGGGCCGCCGAUUUACUCGCAACGACUGUAUAGUCGGACCAUCCCCAAACGGCCUCAUUUGGUUCAUCACUGGACCGAACAUGGCCGGCAAGAGCACAUUUCUUCGCCAAAACGCCUUGAUUACGGUAAUGGCUCAGAUUGGAUGCUAUGUCCCUGCCUCGCAUGCCGAAAUUGGCAUUGUUGAUGCAAUAUUUAGUCGCGUGGGUUCCGCUGACAGCCUAUACCACGACCAGAGCACCUUUAUGGUUGAGAUGCUCGAGACGGCCCAGAUUCUAAGACAAGCCACGCCACGGUCUUUUGUCAUAAUGGAUGAAAUAGGUCGAGGAACCACACCAGAGGAUGGUACGGCAAUCGCAUUUGCCUGCCUGCACCACCUCGUGACUGUUAACCAAUGCAGGACUCUCUUUGCGACACAUUUCCAUGAUGUAGCCGACAUGGCAGCUGCUGAGGGAUUCUGUCACCCAAAAUAUGGCCCCGUCCGGACCUACUGUACUGAUGUCAAAGAGAAUGAAGAUGGAAGCUUUGUCUACGUUCACAAACUACGGCCAGGAGUCAAUCGUCAGAGCCAUGCUCUUAAAGUGGCACAUCUGGCGGGAAUACCGCAGCGCGCAAUUGACAUUGCCCGGAAUGUGUUGGAUGCUAGAGAGGCAAAGGAGAAAAGUUCGUAUGAAAGUCCUGUAAAAUCUUUUGCUAAUUAG